AUGCCAGCGACUUCAUUGUGGACCUUGGGCAGACGAAGCCUGAACUUCGCACUGUGCUUCACGCUUUCAGGCGCCACCACCGCGAAUUCGCACCUCUUUGAGCACCACGAUCUUGCUGUCCUGGAUCUCGGUGUCCGGCUGCCAAAUGGCAGCAUGCAUACCUUGAUCUCGGCCGCUAACUGUACAAGCCCGGUUCCUUUCCUCAGACGGGAAGUGGUGCUGGAGGUGGGCUGCGAUGACGUGGAUGAGCUGCAGCUCCCACUCUUCACAAGGAUAGGUGCGCGCAUCAUUGUCCUGCACAAGAUCCGUCUCCCAUGUCCGCAGGGAGUGACCAGACUCGAGCAGGGCAUCGAAUUUGGGAACGAUGGUUUGUGGUUCAGUGUAGCGCAGGCAACGCAGGCAUGCGAAAAUGGUGGAAAUGGUGGAAAUGGCAAUGUAUGCGCUUUUGCCGGCACUCUUCCAGUCCGUGAGCAUGUAAUGAGCCAGGGUGAGCUCCUUGCGGUGUCAGUGAGCCUAAGUGAUGCCGUUAUGCAUGCAACUGAAACUGCCGAUUCGCAGGUGCAGCUGAUCUCAACUUUGCUAAGAAAACUCAGGGCGCUGCCAUCCCGGUGCGAUCGCGAUAGCACCUCGAUGACCGACCUGGUGGCAUGCCGUAAGCAUCAGAAAUUGCUUGAAGACUAUGUUGCGGAAGCGAAGCUUGCCAGUGAACAGUGGCGGUCGACGGCAGGGAGAAGAGAAAAAGAGUUUGAGCUGCUAAGCCAAAGAACGAAAGAGCUGCAGCGAAAGUUGAAGACGCUGAAGGGCAAGACUGGCAAGAGUGUCAGAGAUCAAGGCGAGGACCGGCAGGCUCUGGAGACCAUGUUGCAGAUGAAAUCGGCAGAGCUGGAACACCGAAGGCGAGAAGCACUGUGGUGGUCUAUUGCAAGUGCCGUGGUAGCAGGAUCUUCGGCACUGGCCUUCUUCACCUGGAAGCGCUACGGAAGUGCAGACGAUGACCUCAGCCUUGAUGCCAAGAAGGAACGGCGAAAGCUUCUUCGACUCUUGGGCCGUGUAAAGGCCAAGUCCGAGACGGCAUCUGAAAAGGCAGAAACUGCACCCGCCGCAGCAGAGACGUCGGAAACGACCGAAGCAUUGAACUCGAGUACCGGAGAACCGGCCGAUCAGCUUUUCCCACAUUCGGUUGAGGUUGAGCGCAGGCGAAACAGAGAUGUCCGGUGCGUGCGAAUUCAGUGCCCUGGAGUUCAAGAAGAAGAUGUCACCAUCAAAGUUCUUUUCAAUGGUGCUGAAGUGCACAUCGAUCGGCAAGAAUGUGCAGGCUUGCCAGCCGUGAGUUGGAAGCACCGUUUCAUAUUCCCUUCCGACGAGGGCCACGUUGUCUUUGCCGAUGACGAAACCAGAUUGAGCCACGGCUUGCUGGAGCUAACAUUCUUCUCCCAGGAGUUUGUUACGCGAACAUUCCGCUUCCCGGAGCACUUCGACCUUGCCUACGAUGACUGA